CUUGAUUUACGAUGUCUUGUGAGAUUCUUGUCAGCCUGUUGCUUCUUCUCGUUGGUGCAUCGUCUGGAUCAAAUGCGACUCGUUCGUUUACUAUUGAUUAUGACAAUGACCGGUUUGUGAGAGAUGGCAAACCAUUUCGUUACGUCUCUGGAAGUUUCCACUAUUUUCGCGUGCCAAGCGCCUACUGGAAAGACAGGCUGUUGAAGAUGCGCGCAGCCGGACUCAACGCAGUUCAGACGUAUGUUGCAUGGAAUGUUCAUGAAGAAGACGAAGGAAAGUUCAACUUUGCUGGCAAUGCAGACCUGGAGGAGUUUCUACGGUUGUCAAAUGAAGUUGGACUUGUUGUUAUUUUAAGAGCUGGGCCAUAUAUUUGUGGUGAGUGGGAAUCGGGUGGUUUUCCUGGGUGGUUGAGUAAGAAUCCUCACAUCAAACUUAGAUCAUCAGACCCAAAUUACUUGUCUGCUGUUGAUACUUACAUGGCUCAAUUGUUACCACGAGUGAGACCUCUUCUGUAUGAAAAUGGAGGACCAGUCAUAAUGGUUCAGGUUGAGAAUGAGUAUGGCAGUUUUCCAACUUGUGACAAGAAAUACUUGGAACAUCUUGAGCAGUUGUUUAGAGGUUACUUAGGUUCCAGUGCUAUUCUCUUUACAACAGAUGGUCCUAGUACGGGACUACUGAGAUGUGGAACUCUUGAUAGUCUCUUUUCAACUGUUGAUUUUGGACCAGGAACUAAUGUUAAUUCUGCAUUUAAUGCAAUGCGUCUAUAUCAACAACAUGGCCCUCUGGUGAAUUCAGAGUAUUAUACUGGCUGGUUGGAUCAUUGGGGUGGUAGCCAUGCACACAGGUCUGAUGAAUCUGUAGCUGCAACUCUAGACGAAAUCUUACAUGUUGGCGCUUCAGUAAACAUGUACAUGUUUGAAGGUGGAACAAACUUUGCCUUCAUGAAUGGAGCUAAUUAUGGUGGACACAAGACGGCUUCUCAACCAACAAGUUAUGACUAUAAUGCUCCUUUGUCAGAAGCUGGUGAUCCCAGAUCUAAACUGACAGCAAUACGAAAUGUAAUUAGCAAGUAUUACAAUGUUUCUGGGCCAGUACCACCAGCUUUGCCAAAGUUUGCAUAUGGGGAUGUAAAGUUUACUCAGGCUGUGUAUUUGCUUGAUGCUUUGGAUCAGUUAACUCCUGGUGGACCUGUUACUUCUUAUUAUCCUCUCACAAUGGAACAACUCGGACAGAACUAUGGGUUUGUGCUAUAUCGUGGAAUCACUCACGAAUCAAUUUCCCAACCAGCUGAUGAGAUUGUGGUUGAGCUCAGUUACCUUCAUGAUCGUGCGACAGUAUUGCUUAAUAGGGAGCAUGUUGUGACUGUUGAAGGAAUGAUUGAUGAACCUGUUUCAUUUGAUGUUUACUUUGGGCACAAGACGUUGGAUUUCUUAGUGGAAAACACAGGACGAAUUAACUAUGGAGCUCUUAUUGGAGACAGAAAAGGUAUUGUAGGAAAUGUUACAUAUGAAGUUAAGACUAUGACAAAUUGGUCAAUGUGGUCAAUUCCUCUGAAAAAUGUCAGUGAAUUGCCUCUUGUUCCUCUUACCAGCCCUACAAUGGAGAUUCCAAAGUUCUUCCAGGGAACAUUUCAAGUGCCAGCCAAUAUGACACCUGAAGACACCUUCUUGUCUCUUCAUGGAUGGAAUAAAGGACAGGCCUUUAUCAAUGAUUUCAAUCUAGGUCGUUACUGGCCUGUUGCUGGUCCACAGAAGACACUGUAUGUUCCUGCUACUGUUUUGAAGCCUCAUCCACAGCUCAACGUUUUGGUUAUACUUGAAUUAAUUGAGUCACCUUGUGGAAAUGAUUUGAGCCAGUGCAAGGCUACCUUGGUCGAUACUCCAGAUAUAGGUGCUACUCCAUCCAAGAGUCAUUUCUCAUCAAAAAGCCCAAGUCACAUUCCAACCCAACAGCAUUCAACCCAACAUCAUUCAACCCAACACCAUUCAACCCAACAUCAUUCAACCCAACACCAUUCAACCCAGCAACCAGAGACGACAGUCGUCUGUGAGUCAAACGAGUGUUCUCACAAAAAUCAUGUUGGUGCUAUUGCUGGAGUUUCUGUGGCAGCUGUGGCUGUAGCUGCCAUUGUUGUUGCAACGAUUGUGAUUUGUUUGCAAAAACGCAAAGCUUCAUUUCGGUCAUACAGGAACGUAAACUCUGGGGAUAUAGUCUGUGAUGAGGAUUGAAGAUUUGUUAGUGCUAUCUAUAGCAGUGGUAUGUACGUAUACAAUAAUUGUAGACGGAAAUUAUAUGCUCAAUACUUUUGCAUCAAGUAUAUGAGUGUAUGAUUAGUACAGUACGGUAGAUGAUCAAUGACUAUAAGCUAGAUACUGUAGUUUAUUAUGCAGGUUAACAUUAUGCAGGUUAGCUAGAAUGGUCAAUUAUAAGCUUCGACUAGCCUCGGC